CGUAGCCCUCGCCUUAUCUAAUCCGUGCACGAGAAGGGGGAGGAGAAGAAGAAUAUCUCGCGCCGCGCUUCACCCGCAACGGGAUUACGAGACGCACGAACUCGACGAGGCGAGCGAACCAACCAACCGUCACCGCCUUCCGAGAAGAGGAAACCGGCCGCGGCGGUGGUUUCGCCGGCAGCGUCGUGGGAUCGGAAGGUGUGGGUGGAGGGGAGGAGAAGGUCGCGGUGGUAGGAAGAAUGGCCAGGGAUCGGCUGAGCUGGGCGGGGCUGCUGAAAUGGAGCCUCUCCUACGUCGACGGGACGCGGCCGUCUCGCGCCAUCAGCGAGGAGGACCGGAGGUGGUUCGCGGAGGCGAUGGAGCAGCAGCCCAUGAUGGUGGACGUGGUGAGCCGCAUGAGGGAGAUCGCGCUGCUCAUGAGCACCCCGCUGUCCGUCCUUGAGGCGCAGGGCAUCACGCCCGACGAUAUCGAAGGUACGAUUCGAUUGUCAAUACAGGUUUACUGGCUGAGUUCUAUCGACAUGGCAAAUGAUCUUCAUUCUGUCGGUGGCUUAGUUCCGGUUAUCAAGUACCUCAGAAAUUCUAAUGCUCGUAUCCGAGCCAGAGCAGCUGAUGUGGUAACUACAGUUGUUCAGAACAAUCCAACUAGUCAGCAACUCGUCAUGGAAGCCAGUGGCUUUGAUCCUCUUUUAUCUAAUUUUACAUCAGAUCCUGAUCUCACUGCCCGCAUAAAAGCUCUUGGUGCACUAUCCUCCUUGAUUCGGAACAACAAACCAGGUGUUUCUGCUUUUCGUCUAGCCAAUGGAUAUGCUGGACUAAGAGAUGCAUUGACUUCAGAAAGUGCAAGGUUUCAGAGGAAAGCACUGAACCUCACUAAUUACCUGCUCAGUGAAAGCCAUUCCGACUGCUCAGUGUUUGCACAGCUAGGUUUCCCGCGGCUUAUGAUGCAUCUGGUGUCCAGUGAUGACUUGGGUGUUCGAGAAGCUGCGCUAGGAGGACUUCUUGAGCUUGCAAGGGACACGACACUGCGAAGUAGGAGUCUACUAGCAGACCAUAACAAGCUUCGACGACUUCUCCAGGCACGCAUAGAAAGAAUAAGGAUGAUGGCUCCAGAAGACCUCGAUGCUGCACGUGAGGAGAGACAACUUGUAGAUUCACUGUGGAUUACGUGCUACCAUGAACCAUCCACGCUUCAUGAGGAAGGUCUUCUUGUUUUACCCGGGGAGGAAUGUUUCGAGCAACCUCCUGACGUUGCUAGUAGAUUCUUUGAGCCUCUUAGGCGAGGUUCAGCAAGGAGGGCACCUUCUAAUGGCAGAUCAGAUCCAGGAGAUGAACAGGGGAGAGGAAUGGUGCUGCUUUUAGGUCCAGCACCAGGCAGCAGGUCGAACUCGGGGAGUUGAUCAUUCUGGGGUGAGUUACAUGGAAAAGGAGACUGGGAGUCUGCUAUCCUCCUAUGUACAAUAUGCAAGGCUAGUGCUAUAGAGUGUUGUUGUUCAGGGCCUAGAAAAAAGAAAAUAAAUAACUCUUCCAGUUUGGAAGAAAUGUAAGUGCAAAUAUGUCUGGUGUUUAGCUGUGUACAAUAUGUCUGAUGUUUAGCA